AUGGCAGGUGAAGCACACGAAUUUCUAGGCACAGGCUGGACCGACAAGGGGUGGUGGCCAGUGCGCUGUCAGCUGCGCAAGGGCAUUCGCCCCACUGCGGAGACCUACCAGAGUCGCUUUGUCCGAUUUUCUGCGACUCCUGCUGAAGUCUCGACCAACCAUAAGGUCGAUAAUUGCACCGUUCGUGUCAGAAGUACUAGAGGUGGUGCAGCGGGAGCAUGGCAACCUCUCACUCCAGGACCUGGGAAGACUCCAGACCGCAAUAAUUCCAGUCCUAAGAGGUGGAAGACUAAUUUCUCCAAUAGUAGUUUUCCGAUGUCAGACGCUUUGCAACUCGCAGUUAGUCAAGCGCAGAUGAAGGAGGCUAUGAAUCAGAGUCAAGUCCCAGUUUCUCCCGAGACUCAUGCUGUGUAUUGGGGGACAACGGCGAAUUCGAAAAAGGAAGCAGAAGAAGAAGAAGGCUCUGCCCUAUCUGGUCGUAGUGGAAGUAAGAGUCCAGGGUCGUUUUUGAAGAAGUCCU